AAGUCGAAAACACAACAACCACGGACUGUAAUGGGUCCGAAAAAAGUAACGUUUUUGAGUAUUCUCCUGACAGUGUGUGUGACAUGGCAAAUUGGUCAAGUAGAUUCGGCCAAUAUAUUGGGUCUCUUUACCAGUCACAGUCCCUCACAUUUAAUAGUUCAUAUGUCAGUGGUUAAAGCUUUGGCGAAAAGAGGUCACAAUAUAACCGUAGUAGCGUCUCAAGUACCCAAAGUUAAACAUGAUAAAAUUCAUUUCAUCAUCAUACCGCCUACCGAGGAACAAGAGCAAAUACUUAAUAAAGAAGUUUCUGGAAUGGCUUUAAAGAAAAAUAAUAUUUUUACAACGGUCAGUAACUUUUUUGGCUCACUGAAACUGCUGAUCGAUAUGCAAGCGGAUAUAUUGAAACAUCCCCGUUUUACGGCACUUUACGAAAAUCCAGAUACAAAAUUCGAUUUAGUUAUAGUGGGAUAUUUUAUGAAUUCAUUUGAAUAUGGUGUUGCAGCUAAAUUUAAAGUACCUUUAGUUAUAAGUUGGAGUGCCUCUUCAAUGUUAUUGAGUGAUAUAAUGGUGGGUAAUCCCAGUGAAGUGUCUUAUGUACCGGGUAUGAAUAUGGCCGUUAAACUUGGUGAAAAAAUGACAUUUUUACAACGAAUUCAAAAUUUCUUUUCAAAUUUAUUCUUUCAUCUAGUGAAAGAAUUACUAGAUAUACGUAUGCGUUCUUUUUACCAUGACCUGUUCCCCAGUGACGGUUCAUUUCCCAGUUUAGGUGAAAUGGAAAGGAACAUAUCAUUGGUAUUUUGCAAUGGACACUUUAGCGAGGGUCCUAUUAGACCCAAUGUACCAGCUGUUGUAGAAAUUGGUGGUAUACAAGUCAAAGAUACCCCCGAUCCACUACCCGAGGAUAUUGCUAAAUUCCUUGAUAGUGCCAAUGAAACCGGUGCCAUACUCUUCAGUUUAGGUUCAAAUCUUCAAGGUUCCAGUAUUAAACCCGAAACUGCCACUUACAUUUUCAAUGUCUUGUCAAAUCUGAAACAAAAAGUAAUUUGGAAAUGGGAAGAUUUAAAAAAUACUCCUGGAAAAUCCAAUAAUAUUCUAUACAAAAAAUGGAUGCCACAAGAUGAUAUCUUGGCACAUCCCAACAUCAAGUUGUUUAUUACACAUGCCGGUAAAGGAGGCGUAGCUGAGGCUCAAUAUCAUGGUGUGCCCAUGGUGGCUUUACCCGUUUUUGCCGAUCAACAUGGCAAUGCUAUGAAAAUGGUUGCCAAUGGUUAUGGCCAGUAUUUAGAGUUGUUAACACUAACUGAAGAUCCAUUUAGAAAGGCUAUACUGGAUGUUCUAAACAAACCACAGUAUAGAGAAAAUGUUCAACGUUUUUCACAACUUUAUCGCGAUCGUCCCCUAACAGCUCGUGAAACUGUUGUAUUCUGGACCGAAUAUGUUUUACGUCAUUAUGGCGCUGCCCAUAUGCAAAGUCCUUUGGUGCACAUGAAUUUCAUAGAGAGUCUAAACUUGGAUGUGUACUUGUUCAUAAUGAUUAUACUAUAUGUGAUUUAUAGAAUUUUCAAAUUCAUUGUUCUCUUAAUUUUUGCCAAAGUUUGCAAAAAAGGUUCUGCGGUGGCCUCAAAUAAAAAGGCUAAAAAAGUUAAAUCACAAGUAGCCGGUACAAAUUUCAGUAGUUUUUCUAAAAUCGUACGAACGUCAACACGCGCCAUGACGAGAAAAAGUUCAGCGGCGGCUUUUGGCAUUCUCUUGACAAUAUGUUUCUUAACAUGGCAAGUGCCACAAGUAAAUGGAGCCAAUAUUUUGGGCAUCUUUACCAGCCACAGUACCUCGCAUUUGAUUAUACAUAUGUCGGUGGCAAAAGUUCUUGCUGAAAGGGGACACAAUGUCACCAUAGUUGCGUCUCAAGAACCCAAAGUUAAGCAUGAUAAAAUAAACAUGAUCAUCAUACCGCCCAGCUCAGAAGUAGAAGAGUUAAUUGGUAAAGCCAUGAAAGGAAUGGCUACACAGAAAACCACCUUUUUCACUACCGUAGGCAACUUUUUCGGUUCUUUAAAACCCAUGAUCGAUAUGCAAGCUGAGAUGCUGAAAGAUCCUCGCUUUACAGCGCUUUACGAGAAUCCUGAUACGAAAUUCGAUUUAAUUAUAAUGGGUUAUUUCAUGAACUCUUUUGUACUUGGUAUGGGUGCUAGAUUUAAGGCCCCUCUAGUCAUCAGUUGGAUGGGACCACCAAUGAUAUUAAGUGAUAUAUUUGUGGGUAAUCCAAGUGAAGUGUCGUAUGUACCCGAUAUGAAUAUGUCUAUUAAAGUGGGUGAAAAAAUGACAUUCUUACAACGUCUUCAGAAUUUAUUUAUGAAUAUGUUCUUCAGACUUUUUAAGCAAAUAUUGGACAUACGUAUGCGUCAUUUCUAUAGUGAGCUGUAUCCUACCGAUGGUUCCUUCCCCUCCUUAAGUGAUAUGGAAAAGAAUGUUUCUUUGAUAUUUUGCAAUAGCCAUUUCACUGAAGGUCCUAUUAGACCCAAUGUUCCAGCCGUUGUUGAAAUUGGUGGUAUUCAGGUUAAGGAUAAACCAGAACCUUUGCCAGUGGACAUUGCCAAAUUUCUUGAUACUGCCAAUAAAACCGGAGCCAUACUCUUCAGUUUGGGUUCCAAUCUAAAAGGUUCCAGCAUCAAACCCGAAACUACCACACAUAUUUUUAAUGUCUUGUCGAAACUAAAGCAGAAAGUUAUUUGGAAAUGGGAAGACUUAAAUAAAACACCUGGAAAAUCUCCCAAUAUUUUAUACAAAAAAUGGAUGCCACAAGAUGAUAUUUUGGCACAUCCCAAUGUAAAAUUAUUUAUUACACAUGCCGGUAAAGGUGGUGUAGCAGAAGCUCAAUAUCAUGGUGUUCCUAUGGUGGCUCUACCAGUUUUUGCCGAUCAGCAUGGUAAUGCUAAGAAAUUAGUCGAUGCAGGUUAUGGUAAAGAUUUGGAAUUGUUAAAAUUAACCGAAGAAUCUUUGUAUGCCGCCAUCGUUGAAGUUCUCAAUAAUCCAGAGUAUACAAAAAAUGUACAAACAUUUUCAAAGCUUUAUCGGGAUCGUCCUCUAACAGCACGCGAAAAUGUUGCAUUUUGGGCUGAAUAUGUGAUACGUCAUCAUGGUGCUGCCCAUAUGCAAAGUCCUUUGGUGCAUAUGACAACCAUAGAAAGUUUAAAUUUAGAUAUUUAUUUACUUUUGUCAAUGAUCAUUUAUAUUAUUUAUAGAUUAUUGAAAUUAUUGGGAUUAUGCGUAGUUUGUAAAUUGUGUAGAAAGUCUUCAAAGACUAUUACAAAGAAAGCCAAGAAAUCUAAAAAGGUUAAAGCGCAAUAAAACUUUAAUUAUAUUUAUAAACUAUUAUUAUAUUUAUAAAAGCUUAUUAUAUUAUGAAUUAUGUAUAUACAG